AUGGGUCUCUUCGAUGCUUUCAACAACGACGCCUCUGGCCGUGACGAGGUCUACAACAUUGACUCCAGCAACGAGGAGCACAAGGCCAAGCUCUCCCAUGAGCUCAUCGGCGGUGCCGCCGGUUUCGAGGCCAUGAAGGCUUACGAGCAACACCAGGCCGCCAACGGCAAGCCCGCCAACCACGCUCUGGCCAAGGAGCUCCUUGCUGGCUUUGCCGCUGCCGAGGUCGACAAGCUUUUCGAGACCAAGGGUCUCGACGCCUACGACCGAGAAGAGGCCAAGAGGCACGCCAAGCAGCAAGCUGAGCAGGCCUUGAACCAGUCUGGCGAGUACUGA